AAGGAAACAAUACUCCCAUUGUGGGAGACGACUCUGACUCACAUACUGUGCGAGUUUUGCACCCGGUGUGGCAAUAUUGAGGAAACGAGCGACCGCCCCCAGCCGUCUAUAUCCAGAGCGUGACAGUGAGUGUCUUUCUCUACUAGUAUUUGAAUGAUCAAUCGAUCUUGUACAAACAUCUUCACACCAUUUCCACAACCGAUUGUUUAUUCUGCAAAGGAUUUCAUCAUUCACUCUCGGACAUUGAAUCUAUCAGAAUGGUCUUCUUCAUGGUGUUCGGUGACGACCUCAAGGUCCCGUUGUCAUACCAUUGGGGCUUGGACAUUUACGAAGCGUGCCCAACAUGUGUGCGUGCUCAUGAGCUCCGAACCUGCAAUGGUGAAACCAUCGUGACCUUUGAGCUCUGUGAAGAGCAUGCUGCUACAGAUGAGAAGACAUUCGACCUGACCAUGCUCAAUGAGAUCCGCCAUCUGGUGCACCCACUGUACUCAACCGUUCCCGACCCCAAGAUCUCCCGCAAGGACCUUCGAAAGAAUGUCAAAAUCACCACCAUGGAACCAAGUAACUGGUCCCGUCACCCAAGCAGACCCAAUCGCAAACUUACGGUGUCCGAUGAAAUCGAGUCUCUCCCACUCCCAACGAUCAAGUACGCCCAUGCUAAAGGCUGCAUCUACUCCGACGCGCCAGAUGUCGUGAUCAAGUCCGCCGACGCAGUCAAGGCAAUGGACGAGCACGCGAAGACCAGACUCGACAACAUUAACGCUCUUCUUGACGCUGGCGUCGAAUUUGUUGAUGUCGAUGCAGGUCACGACUUCAGCAAAAGCCGGAGCUCGUCUUCGUCUUCGGACAGAGACAUCGACCUUGCCGCGAUCUUUGCGCAAGCGGCACAACAGGAAGCUACUGAGAUCAUGCUCGCCGAGAAGAAGAGGUUGGAAGAGUGUCUCGCGACGAGCAGUCUUACCAAAGGCUUGUACUUCAAGCGGUGUAACGGCGUGUACAGGAAUGCACUGGACGAUGUUCUCGAACGUGCCAACGUCUCUGUGAAAGAGGCGAGCACUAACAGCACAAACUACGGCUACGCUCUUCACCCAGACACGACUGCUGCACUACCAUACAUUUUCCCCGGCAAGAAUGCGUCAGGAGGUCAUGCUGCGGAUGCUAAAGAGAUGAGCUACAUGUCCUUCCCUGCACCAGAGACGUUCAAGUUCACUACAGACAUUCUCAAGGGCCGCGAGGACAUGGUUCGUUCCGGCGCCGUGUCCGACACUGAUUUGUGCUGUACUUGCUGGAUCUUCCAUCGGCAGGAAAAGAGGGCCAGAGGACGGUAAACGAGAAAAGUCUGCUUGGAGACCCCCACGCAGCAUCACUGGUUAAAUGCGAGGAGAAACACUUACCAGUAUCUCAAACGAGGCGCGAAGAUCUACAGAAGUAAUCAUGGCUUGAGAAGCAAUUGGACUGAGCAUCUCAGCAAUCAAGCCGAUUUCAGAAUGCUGAUGUGGACUGCAAUCCAAUAUGUAAUCAGUCAGGCAAGCACGGCACCAUGGCUCCAGCUGAAAGAGUGUAUGGCCAUGGGAACCCAUUGCAAGGAAUUAGCUAUCCAAUUCCAUAGAAUCGAGUGGUUCA